UCAUAAACUGUAGUAAACCAUACUACCAAAUCAUACUAAACACCCACCCACCCACCCAAUUCCAGCGAUAGAUUCUCCGGCCGGCGAUGAAAAAGCCCACGCUGGGUCCCCGGCGGCGCACCAACCCCUUGGUGUGGUGUCUGGCCAUAAUCUGCGCCGUCCUGACCGUCGUCGUCAUCAUCACCGGAAUCGUAGUCUUCAUCGGCUACAUGGUGGCGCGUCCAAAAGUGCCGCAAAUGAGCGUGGCCAACGCCCGCAUCGACACCCUCUACUACGACAUGGUCAGCCUCCUCACCGUGAAGAUCUCCAUCGUGAUCAAGGCCGAGAACGACAACGCGAGGGCCCGCGCGUACUUCUACAAGACCAGCUACGCGCUCAGCUUCCACGGCGUCAAAGUGGCGUACCUCAACGCCGACCCUUUCGAGGUCCCCAAGAACAGCUCCACGGAGCUGUAUUACCAGGUGGAGUCGUCGCCGAUACCGCUGACGCCGGAGGAAGGGGAGAGGGUGGAGGCCGGGUUGAAGAACAGCAACGUGACGUUCGAGCUGAAAGGGAACACGCGGACGCGGUGGCGCGUGUGGGUCAUCGGUUCUGUCAGGUUUUGGUUGCACCUUGAUUGCAGACUUAAACUUCCUGUUGAUGGAACCACCAUUUACCCAAAGUGCAACACUAAGUCUAGGUAGAUUACAGUUCUUCAUUUUUUGAUCGAUCUCCAUUUCUCAUGGAUGGACCGGAGAAAUUAAUAAAUAUUAAUUCCACCAUUUUCUUGGUUUUUUUUUUCUUCUUAUUUUUUGUUGAAUUGGAACUUGGAGUGUACAAUAUAUAUGGUGAUGUUUUUGUAACCAGCAUUAUAUUGCUGCAGUUCUGUUGCUUCUCAUGUAUAUCAAAUUCUUAGUG